AUGGCGUCGUCUUCAUCGAAUGUGGUGGGCGUCCACUACCGAGUGGGCAAGAAAAUUGGAGAGGGAUCCUUUGGUGUUAUCUUCGAGGGCACCAACCUCCUUAACAACCAGCAGGUCGCUAUCAAAUUCGAACCUCGCAAAAGCGAUGCUCCCCAGCUCCGUGAUGAGUACCGGACGUACAAGAUCUUGGUUGGAUGCCCCGGCAUUCCUAAUGUUUAUUACUUUGGACAGGAGGGGUUGCACAACAUUCUCGUGAUCGACCUUCUUGGUCCUAGUCUGGAGGAUCUCUUCGACCACUGCAACCGCAGAUUCUCCACCAAGACUGUUGUCAUGGUCGCCAAGCAGAUGCUCUCGCGCGUGCAAACAAUCCACGAGAAGAACUUGAUCUACCGGGACAUCAAGCCCGACAACUUCCUUAUUGGACGCCCGGGCACAAAGUCUGCCAACGUCAUCUACGUCGUCGAUUUCGGCAUGGCCAAGCAAUACCGUGAUCCCAAGACCAAGCAGCACAUCCCAUACCGUGAGCGCAAGUCAUUGUCUGGUACCGCCCGGUAUAUGUCCAUCAACACACAUCUCGGCCGGGAGCAAUCCCGACGUGAUGACUUGGAGGCCCUGGGACACGUCUUCAUGUACUUCCUGAGAGGAGGUCUCCCCUGGCAGGGCCUGAAGGCUGCCACCAACAAGCAAAAAUAUGAGAAGAUUGGUGAGAAGAAGCAGACGACUGCUAUCAAGGAUCUCUGUGAUGGUUACCCAGAGGAAUUCAACAAGUACCUCAGUUACGUGCGCAACCUUGGAUUCGAGGACACUCCCGACUACGACUACCUCCGUGAUAUUUUAACUCAAGCCCUCAAGAAUGGCGGAGACGUGGAAGAUGGAGAGUACGACUGGAUGAAGCUCAACAAUGGCCGUGGAUGGGACUACAAGUCGUACUCGUCACAAGCUCAUCUCCAGAAUCAGCACCAGACCUCGACGGGGCGCGAUCUCCACGGGAGCCAGAUGCGCCACAGCCAACAACGGCCUGGAGUGACGGCCGACCGUUUAAACGCCGCCCAGCCCCCUCCUCCCUCUCCAGCCAAGGGACCCGGGAAAACACCCCGAGACCGCCCAAGCGGCAGUGGCAUGCCAGCUAAACGUGCUAGCGGGGGCAUUGAGAGCGGGACUCCAGCCGCAUCGACCACAGCGCAGUUCCAAAACUCCAACGCUCAUCUCCCUCGCCACGGAAGCCCCGGCAACCAAGGCCUGAACAACCAACAGGUCGGCGGCGCGCAAAAUGACCCGCAGCCCACUUUCGCCCAGAAGGUCAUGAAGGCUCUCUGCUGCGGUAGGUGA